AUGCCACCCGCGAGCGACUCCUUCAUGCCCCUCAACAUUGAAGACGACGUCGUGCCAGAAUGGCUGGAUUCCUUUACUCUGGUUGCGCCCCCAAACACCGAUCUAUGGAGAAGGCCAUCUUCGGGCGACAUCUCAACCGCUCCCAUGCUCUACACUGCCUUGAGCAAUCCCUUCAUUGUAGCAGAAGUCACGGUCAAGGGAGACUGGCAGCUUGAAUGGGAUCAAGGAGGGCUGGUAAUAUUCGCAGGCGCACCGCCAGGACAGGCAGCGACGGCAUCAACAACCGCAACGCCGACAUUGCAGGUCCCAGAUGUUGCAAACAUCCGGUUGGACGACAGCGCGACGCCGAGCUCCGCCAUCUCUCUCUCGCAAACCUCAAGUAAUGAGAAUGUUGAAAGCUGCGGCACGACAGCCUCACACAGCCCAACAGACGAGUCAGGACCCAGCCCCCAACUAGAACGUGGGCCGCCACCACCAUACGACACUCCUGCGCCAGCACCCAAGUGGGUGAAAGUCGGGCUUGAGUUCUGCGGCAACGUAUGCCACGCUACAGCUGUAGCCGCCAAUAGUGAAGGUGCCGAUUGGUCUUUGAGUUCGCUUCCUCCGCUUCAACAACGGCUCAAGGAACUGCGCGUCAAGAUGGAGCGCAUCGGCUACGCGCUGUGGGUGUCGUACGAGGAAGAACCGGGGAUUUGGAGGAAAUUGAGAGAAGUCACUUGGUUCUUCUGGGGUGUAGAAGACAAGGCCGUACGCGUUGGCGUCUACGCGAGUCGACCUGCAAACUUUGGCAUCACCAUGUGGGAUCACAGACACCGUGUGGGACUCAGCAACGAACAGCGAAAUUUAUACGUCGAAUUUGAAGAUCUGGAAAUCCAUUAA